UGGAGGUUUUUCCCCCCUCAAGUUGUUUUUUGCAGAGAGCUGCUUUGCAGAGAAUCAUAGGGGGACCUCUCUCUUGUUUUCUUUCUCUCUUGUUGUUUUUAACCCAGCGUUUCUUACAACUAGACUCCAGUUUUUCUUCAAUCCAGUAUCGGAUUUAAACCCCAGCGCAGUUUCAUUAUGCCACUUGUUUUCAGAAUAAACUGCUUUUAUGGCAAUUUUUCACUCGAAUAUCCUCGUCUUUUUGUCAUCCACGGUGAAUUUAGUCCAGGUCUGACCCAGUUUUAGUGUUAUAGUCUUCACAGCAUCCCAUGCGUUAGUGCGGAGACGUCAGUGGAGAUGUUUUCGGCAGGAGAGGAGGUUAAUUCCCAUUUGUUUACCUCACUGAAGGAGUCCUCUGGAGCUGCAAUCUCCCCAACACUGGAGCUCAGUCUAACUACCAUCUAUACUGUCCUCUACUCCUUCCUGUUUGUUUUCGUUUACCUGCAGCUCUGGCUUAUUUUGCACUAUGGACACAAGCGCUUCAGCUACCAGAGUGUGUUUUUGUUUCUCUGUUUGCUGUGGGCUGCGCUGAGGACGACCCUCUUCUCUUUCUACUUUAAAAAUGUAGUGCAGGCCAACCAGCUGCAGCCUCUGGCCUACUGGCUGCUCUACUGCUGCCCCGUCUGCCUGCAAUUCUUCACACUCUGCCUGCUCAACCUCUACUUUACACAGGUGAUGUUUAAGGCUAAAGCUAAGUAUUCUCCAGAGCUCACCAAAUACAAGGUUCCUCUGCGUUUGUUCUUCCUGUGUCUCAGUAUAUUUUUCCUGGUGGUGAAUCUGACUUGUGCGUUGUUAGUUCAAGGAGCUCUGGAACGCUCAGAAUCACCGAGUGAUGGGGGGAUCAGACACGCAGUCUUGGCCCGAGUCCUGAUCAACGACAGUCUGUUUGUCCUGUGUGCUGUCUCUCUGGCCGUCUGCAUCUUCAAGAUUGCCAAGAUGUCCUCUGCCAACGUUUACCUUGAAUCCAAGGGUACAUCAGUGUGCCAGGCCACAGCCAUAGGAGCCGUGGUGAUUCUUCUAUACACAUCCAGAGCCUGUUACAACCUGGUGGUGGUGGCUCUGUCACCAGAGGACAGACCCAGUCCCUUUAAUUACGGCUGGUACAGUGUUUCUGAUCAGGCUGACGUGCAGGAGAUCAGCGGUGAAGCCUAUAUUGUCUUUGGGAUCAUUUUGUUCUUCUGGGAGCUGCUGCCUACCAGCUUAGUGGUGGUUUUCUUCAGAGUCCAGAGACCCAACCAAAACCUGGCUCCAGGAGGAAUGAUCAACAGUCACAGUUUCAGCUCCAGAGCUUAUUUCUUUGACAACCCUCGUCGGUAUGAUAGCGACGACGACCUGUCCAGAAGCAUUAACAGUAGGGCUGAUCGGGCCAGCCUCCUCUCCACCACUCCCCAGCUGGGUGUCUCCAGUUGGUAUGGCUCCAUCCAAUGUAACGGGACCCUGACAGCGGCCGCCCAGCAGCCGCCAUCCUCCACCGCCCCCGUCCUCUUUGCCUACGGAAACAUCCAGAGUCACCACCACCACCACAACUACUACUCCACCCCACAGAACAACAACUACCACCACCACCAUCACAGUAACUACUAUUCCACGCCGCAGAAUUACUACUGUGGGUCGCAAACAUAUUUCUGCACCCCACAGAAUUAAGCAUACAAAAGACUUAUGUCUACUGUCUGCAUUUGCAUCACCAUUUUGCUUCAACUACAUCAAAGCAGGUGAUAAUCUGAAAGAUUACUGAGGACCAAGUUGGGCGUUAACAUUGUCUUGCCAAUUUAUUCUGGAGAAAUGUGGUGGAAUCAGCUUCUCUGAAGUUGUUAUGCCGUGACUAACGGCUUUUUGAGGACUUCACUGUCUGUAAAUGACAUGUAUGGCCCAGAAUGAAAGCAAGCUCAGUCCAUGGACCAGAGUUUUAGCACUAAUAUGGCUAAUACACCUAAAACUGCAAAGACCAAACUUUUUUUCCGAUUAAGUGUUUUGGUCAGAUCAUCAUCUUUGAAAGUGGAUUCAUCAGGGACCAGAUAAUCAUUGUUCUCUUCAUCCUUUUUCGCAUUCAUUGCAAAUUUGAUCCGGUUGUGCUUCUACAAAAGGUAAAACUGCGCACAUACAGGAGCCAUGUAGCCCGCUUAUCAAGCUAAUGUGGCUAGUGCUGGAGCUGCAAUUGUCUGUCAGUGAAGACGUUAUAUUCUCUCAGCAUUUGUCAAACUUUGAGUUGUCAAAUAUAGUUACUGUUUUUAAUGGGUACAUAUGAUACAAUCGUUUUAUUUAGCAUAAAAAGGGUCAUUUUAAAGGACGCUGGGUGCUAGCUUGAUCUUCAAUCUUCAAAAUAUCUUAUGACAGGAAUUAGCUUCAGCUAAUUCGCCGUUGGCUGUUGGUGCUGCGAGGGCUAGCUGCUAGCCAAUGCUAACAGUUAGCCAAAACUCAUAAUCUGUUUAACCAACAAAACAAAGAAAAAGAGACCCAAAAAAUGAAAUACAAAAAGCUAAUCCAUCCAUCUUAGACUUGGUAAUAUUAUCUUGUUGGUAGCAAAUUAUUUUGUUUUCAAACUGUGAUUGUUAAUGUUGGUGCCACACAACUAGAACAUUGUACAAAUGCUGUUAGCAAGCUUAAGACUCUAACUUGCCUACUCAGUUCAACUUUACUCAUAUGGAUUCUUGUAUAGUUCAACAUGUAAAAUAAGCUUUUUUGUCCCCCAUUUUCAUAACUGACAGUAAUCAAAAUACUGUCAAUUUAUUUCAGUGUUCACAUAUAUCCAUGUAAACAUCUUGCAGCCCCAAAAUAUGAUUUAUAUGUAGCUGCCAUAUGGGUGUUACUGUCACUGUCAAUAGCACAAGCUUGGUCAAACAUGCCACUGCUGUUGGAUGAACAUAUUCAACAGCUGCCAGAUCCAGGCUUCUUUAACCACAAUUAUACAAUGGAAACUAUGUGAAAACCUAAGACUGAAGUGCCCAAGUUCUGUCAUAAUAAAACUACACACACUGUAAAAACACUUACAUUUUACAUGGCAGCAGCAUUAUCAAUAUAUUAAAGUUACAGUAUGUAACUUACAUUCAACAUUGGAGGAAAAUCAGCCCUAGGGUUGUUUGUUAACAGGGAGGAAGAGUCUCUGAAACAAUAUUUUUGACCAAAGCCCAUCAUGUAAUAUGAUCCAUUUGUGAGCUGUGAGGCAACAAUUUGCACUUAGAAGAAGUUCACCUUCAGAAUAAAAGGCUCUGGGGCCUGAAUGUAGGAUUUCAUCUCCUUACUUUCUGCAUCUUCUUCAACAGUCGUCUGUAGUCUGUAUGUUACUAUUUAUCCUUUGAGAAAGGAAAUAUUGAUGUGCCAUCACAUUUUGUCAUAGCUGAGAGUUUCAUUCAUUAAGGAAAAUAUUUUUGCACAAGACAUGGUGGGAUGAUGUGUGUUUUUAAUUGUUUGUGUGUCUCCAAGAUAAUCGAUUUCUAAUCCAAGUGUGUCAAGUGACAUUUUGAGUCAGUGUGUGUGUGAUCUUAGAUUUUUGUUUUUGAGGUUUAGUGUGCUUUUAUACAUUCUUUUUUUUAAUAAUUAUUUUACAUUGAUUUUUAUGUUACAAAGUUUUAUAGUUGUUUUUUUUUCACUUUCCCUCUCUCCAAUCAUUCAUAAUCUCAUCCAUUUUCUGAAUCUCGUGACAGACUGGACUGCAGGCUGUAAGCAAUAUUUACUUUAUUGGAACAUUUUUCUGUAUGCCCAGUUCUCAGACCAAAAUCAGUGCAUCUGUGCUAACUAUGUUUGUCAGGACUGAGGGGAAAAAUGCUACACAUGUGUUUCAGCUGUUGUGAAACUUAACCUGUAAAUGACCAUGUAAACUUCAUACAAGAAAACAAAACUGCAGCACUGCAGCUGCAGGGACUCAAAAAGCCUGGUUUGUGAAGUGAAGCAUCUCUUGCACCAACAAGUUUCAUAGGACGCUUUUAAAUACAAUAAAGAAAGUGAACGUGUCACUGUUGGGUCCAGCUGUUCAAACUACUUCUGAAAAUAUUAACAUCUGCAGUGCAUGCUUCUGCAUCAGAGUGCAAGAACUCAGUGUCAUAUUUUCUUUCCAAAGUGAUAUAUAAUUUGUGUGAAAAUGUUCUUUGCUCCUAAAAAGGCAGUGAUGAUAAUUGUUUUAUGAAUUGUUUUAUGUCAUGUUUUAUCUGUGGCCAUACUGAAUGUAACCUAUUGUGUGACAGAUCACUAACGAUGUAUGCAAGAAAAGCACUACCAUGUUUAAAUAAAGGCCUACUGCACUGUUUUUAA